AAGUGUCUCCUAGAGUGCUAUGUUGGGGGUCAGAUAUGUUUGGCACAUGCAUUCAGCAACUUCAAGACUUUGAGUUUGUAAAUGUUGGUGGAAAACAAACAGCUUUGAUACCUCCAAGAGAAUCCAUUGAGGAUAAUAAUUAUAACAUAAGGUUUCUGGUCAGAAGAAAAUAGUACUAACAGUUGGAUUUUGCAGUUGCAGCUAGGGUUGCUCAGCACAGCAGUGCAAGGAACAUGAACUUUCAAGAAUGACGAUAUCAAAUCUCAUCCAUUUCAUAUAUGGUUAAUAAAGAACAAUUUGGUUUGGAGAUGAAGUUAUGACAUGAGUUUCUUUGUCACAUUGAUGAGUAGGUAUAUUGAGAGCCAAGGAUCAUGGAGAAAGGAUAUAAGCUUAGAAUCUGUUCCAAGCUAUGUUCGAAUAUAGGCACUUUACUAUUUAUCAUAUUGAUUCUUGUUCUAUUCUCAGUGUUCUUCCUCUUUCCAAUUUCUAAAUCCUUCCCUUUCCUUCUCACCAUACCCAUUGCUCUUCUAUCUACCAUCUUUCUUGUCACACUGACAAAGAAAAAAGGGUCUCGAGAUGAAAAUCUAGUCAAAGAUAAAGUGCAGAAAGAGGAGCUGCCACAGCCUUCAUUAGAUGCUACUCUGAAUAACCAACAAAGUGAAAUUGCUGAGAAUCAUGAGCAUGAACAACUAGCUGAGGCACAUUCAGACUAUUCAUUUCCAUCUGACAGUGAAAGCAGCAAUUUUUCAAUCAUGGAUAGAACUUUUGAGCUCAAUGUUCAGGAGCAUAAGCUACAAGAUGAUUUGCAGUCAGAUUCUUCACUUCCAUCAGAUAGUGAAAGCAGUAGUAGCUCAAUCAUGGAAGAAAGUUUUGAGAUUAAUCAGAAUCAAAAUUUAGAUGGUUCUGAUAGCUUGGAUUCUGAUGAUGAUGAUGAUAUUGAUGAUGAUGUUGAUGUUGAAGAGGAGGAGGAGGAGGAGGAUAGCUUGAUUGAAAUCAACCUCCCAGGCAAUCACUUCUCUGACUUGACUGAAGAUCCUAAGCAAAGAUUCCAAUCUAAGUUGCCAGAUUCCAUUUACAAGCAGCAAGGUCUCAUGGAGCUCUUAGCAGAAAUUAAUGAGAUGAAUGAGGACGAAAACUUAAUUGAGAUAGAUAUUUCCAUGGGAUCAACCAAUAGUCCAGAUUUCAGAUUGAAGCAGGAGUUGGCAUAUUUUAGAGAUGAAUGUGUUCUUAGUGAUUGAUCCUUGAUUACAACUUUUAUAUUAAGCUGCUAAUAUAGUUAAGUUUUAGCCUUUUAACUCUUUUUCCUC